CCAAAAAAAAAAAACACAGAGAGAGAGAGAUGGCAGCAGAGCAACUGAUCACUCCCACCACCACCACGACGUUGAUUUUCCAGCUCGAGGAAACCCUCCUCCGGUCGCCGUCCCUCUUCCCGUACUUCACCCUCGUGGCGCUGGAAACCGGCGGGAUCCUCCGGGCCUUCCUCCUGGGCCUCUUCUACCCGCUCCUCCGCUUCGUCGUGGGCCGAUCCACGGGGAUAAAGCUCAUGACGUUCCUCUGCUUCGCUGGGCUGAAGACGGACCGGGUCAGGUUAUUGGGCCGGUCCGUGCUGCCCAAGUGGUUCCUCGACGACGUCGGAUUGGAAGGGCUCGAGAACGUGAUGAGCCGCCGCCAAGGGGAGAAGUUGAUGGCCGUGAGUGAUUUGCCACGUGUCAUGGUGGAAGGGUUUGCGAGAGACUAUUUGGGCGUUGCGACGGUGGUUGGUAGGGAGGUGAAGGAGGUGAAUGGUUAUUUUGUUGGGUUGAUGGAGGAAGAUAGGAGGGAAGAGCGUGUGUUGAGGGCCGUUGAUGAGGUGGCGAGUAAUAUUGGUGACGGCGGCGGCGGCGGCGGCGGUGAGAUUUAUGUAAAGGAGAAAAGUGUGGGAGUGGGAGCCCAUCAUCGACUCGUUGGGGUUGUUGGCUGUAGGGAUGAUGAUGUUGGGGGUGUUGGGGAUCACCACAUCUUCAGGAAUUGUGAGAAAGUUCACGUCGUGAGGAGAUCCGAAAAGAAGCAAUGGAGCGCCCUCCCGAGGAACAAGUACCCAAAGCCACUCAUCUUCCACGACGGCAGGCUAGCAUUCCGGCCAACUUUCCCGGCGACCCUGGCGCUCUUCAUGUGGGUCCCAUUCGGCUUCCUCCUCGUCGUCAUCCGCUUCCUCAUCGGCCGCCUCCUCCCCUUCCCUCUAGUCAUCCCGUGUCUCUCCCUCACCGGCAUGCGGUUCGUCUUCACCGGAACCCCACCGCCACCGCCGCCCGGCCGCUCCGGCGGAGGCACAAUGUACGUGUGCAACCACCGCACGCUCCUCGACCCGAUCGUCAUCGCGCUGGCGCUGCUCAACACCACCGCGACGGCGGUGACUUACAGCGUGAGCAAGUUCAACGAGGUGAUCUCGCCGGUGAGGAACGUGCCGCUCACGCGCGACAGGGAGAGGGACGGGAGGAUCAUGGAGGAGAUACUGCGGCACGGCGACGUGGUGGUUUGCCCCGAAGGGACGACGUGCAGGGAGCCUUAUCUGUUGCGGUUCAGUCCGCUUUUCGCGGAGGUGGCCGGCGGGAGCGCGGGGAAGAUCGUGCCGGUGGCGGUGAACGUCGGGGUCAGUAUGUUCUACGGGUCCACGGCGAGUGGGCUUAAAUUGCUGGACCCGGCCUUUCACUUGCUCAACCCAUGCCCUCUUUACUCCGCCAACUUUCUGGUGGCCGGUGGUGGUGGUACCACAACUUCGUCGGGCCGGAGAAUAAUUAGUGCAACUGGCGGGAUUGAAGUAGCAAACUCUGUCCAGAAAGUGAUUGGCGAUGAGCUUGGCUUUCAAUGCACCAGCUUCACCAGAAAAGACAAAUACAUGGUCUUGGCUGGCAAUACCGGCGUCAUCUCCUCCUCCUCCUAG